UUCAGAGGUGGAGAGGAAAGAUUCUCACUGGGGAAAAGAGAGGGGGGGAAGGGAAAACAGAUUUUCUUUCUCUCUCAUCAAAAAAAAGACCCAAACAAGACAUAAAGAUGGAGAGGAUGCAGGGAGAGGGAGAGGUGGACCACCUGGAGCGACCGAGCCCGCUGACUGACAAGGAGAGGGUGAUGAUCCAGGACUCCUGGGCAAAAGUCUACCAGAACUGUGAUGAUGUCGGGGUGGCCAUACUAGUCAGGCUGUUUGUGAACUUCCCCUCAUCCAAGCAAUACUUCAGCCAGUUCAAGCACAUCGAGGAGCCGGAGGAGCUGGAGAGGAGCGCCCAGUUUAGGAAGCAUGCUCACAGAGUCAUGAACGCCCUCAACACGCUGGUGGAGAGCCUCGAAAACGCAGAUAAGGUGGCCUCAGUGCUUAAGCUGGUGGGCAAGGCUCACGCACUGCGACACAAGGUGGAACCUGUGUACUUUAAGAUCCUGAAUGGUGUAAUACUGGAAGUCCUAGGAGAAGAGUUUUCAGAGGUCGUGACACCAGAGGUGGCUGCAGCGUGGACCAAACUCUUCGCUACGGCUUACUGCGGCAUCACAGCCGUCUAUGAGGAAGUGGGCUGGACUAAGCACUCAACCUCGACUGGGUGAGGCUUUAAAUCUGGAUUUAUUGGACCACAAACUCUCAGACACUUCUCAUUUUGGGGCCUCAUAAGACGUUUGAAGGGAAGCAAUGUAUCUGGGGAAAACAGUUUAGUAUAAUCUAAGAUAAUUGUGAGCUAUGGGACAUACAGUAUGAUAAGUACAGGUGUGGUGCCCUUUUUAUGGCUAACUGGUUUUGUGUGUGUGUGUGUGUGUGUGUGUGUGUGUGUGUGUGUGUGUGUGUGUGAGUGAGAAAGAGAGAGAGAGAGAGAAAGAAAGUCUUAAAGUUCUUACAAUACUCUUGUGAAGGACCAAACUGUUAAAAGGACCUAGCAAAGAUGCACAUAUAAACCUAACAGUGGACAAGAGGUCACAUUUGACUCGGAUGUGCCUUCUUCCAAAUGUGUAUAUCUGGAAACUGCCAUGUAAAUACUUUCUAAAUAUCAUGUGAUAUUUCCUUUUAUCAGCCUGUACCCUUGUGUUCACUUAUUGGGAUAUUAAGAGGACAUUUUUACAUUUUUAACAGUUAAUUGUGAUGAUUGUACUUUUUUUUCAUUAAAACUCACCUUUAUAUCUGUA